AUGGCUGACGAACACUACAACGCUGAGGAGGCUGCCGAGAUCAAGAAGAGAAGACAGUUCCGCAAGUUUUCUUACCGCGGUAUUGACCUCGACCAGUACGUGAUAAUCCCGACUUCCAACUUGUUUUCGCCUUGCGCCCUUCGAGAUCCCGAUCGAAACGACACUUCCGAUUCCAACAAUCAUCGUCGCCGUGUCGGGCUCCUCGACCUCUCUUCCGAGCAGCUCCGUGAUGUCGUCCACGCCCGCGCUCGCCGCAGGUUCAACCGUGGCCUGAAGCGCAAGCCCAUGGGUCUCAUCAAGAAGCUCCGCAAGGCCAAGCAGGAGGCCCGCCCCAACGAGAAGCCCGACCUCGUCAAGACCCACCUCCGUGACAUGAUCGUUGUUCCCGAGAUGAUCGGCAGCGUCAUCGGUAUCUACUCCGGAAAGGAGUUCAACCAGAUCGAAGUCAAGCCCGAGAUGGUUGGCCACUACCUGGGAGAAUUCUCCAUCUCAUACAAGCCCGUCAAGCACGGUCGUCCCGGUAUUGGUGCCACCCACUCUUCCCGUUUCAUUCCCCUCAAAUAA